UUGUCACUUUCUCCGUCAUUUAUGUGACUUCAGAAUUGCCGUUCUUUCACCAAAGCUAGAGAAUUUGUGCUCUUUCGAAACCCUGGCUGCGCUUCUUUCACUUCGUUUCUAAAAGUUCAUCAAGCUGUGCUUCGUCCUUAUCAUGAGAAAAUAAGAGAAAUUGAUCAGUUAUUGGAAGUUCCUUAAGUGGCAAACACCAUCUAAGUAGUAUUUCAAGAAGUACAAUCAAAUCAUUAGCGAUGGGUGGUAACAAGCAAAGGCGUAAAACUCAUCAUCACUCUCAUCGAGGAGAAUCCAGCCGCACCCGUCAACCUGUUGAUUCUCUCAGGGUUGAAGAGUCUUUACCUGCAGAACUUGUAGAAGAAGAGGAACCAACAGGUCCAAGAGUUCAGUUGGCUAUGUGGGAUUUUGGUCAGUGCGAUGCGAAAAGGUGCACUGGACGGAAGCUUGCAAGAUUUGGUUUGUUGAAAGAGCUGCGUGUUGGUACUGGAUUUGGUGGCGUUUGUUUAAGUCCCACCGGAUCACAGUGUAUCUCAAGAGAAGAUAGUAGUUUAAUUGAUCGAAGGGGGUUAGCUGUAGUCGAUUGCUCAUGGGCUCGCUUGGAUGAUGUACCUUUCACAAAAUUGCGUUGUGCUGCUCCACGUCUUUUACCAUGGUUGGUAGCAGCAAAUCCAGUAAACUAUGGUCGUCCAUGUGAGCUAUCUUGUGUUGAGGCUUUAGCAGCAGGUUUAAUUAUAUGCGGUGAGGAGGAAACUGGAAAUUUACUGCUCAGCAAGUUCAAAUGGGGUCAUGCAUUCUUGUCCCUCAAUAAAGAACUUUUGAAGGCAUACUCAGAAUGUAAAACAAGUGCUGAUAUUGUUUCAACUCAGAACGAGUGGCUUUCCUCGCAAACCUCAAAUAUUCCACAAACUCUAAAAGGAGAAGACACUGGAUCUCACAGUGAAGGUGAAAAUUCUUCAAAUGAUUCUGACGAUGGACUUCCUCCUCUAGAAAAGAACAUGAAUCAUCUUCACGUGAACAGCGAUGAAGAGAGUGAAUAGCAUACUUUCUUUGUUUUCCUUUGUAAAAUGGAAAAUAUAGGUAGUAGUUGCAAUAAAAAAAAAGAGAGAAUGUUUGCUGAAUUAGCAUAGCAGAAUCCUCUAUUCUGCUUAAUGUUAGAAUGUGGAGAGCAUUUUUCACAAGACACCUUAGUUUAGUUAUAUGUGAUCAUCCUUACAAAAGUAGCACUAGUUACAUGAUUCCUAGUUUUACCAGUUGUCAAAUUCGGACAAGUUCCUGAAAUAUCUGCUUGUAUUGUACUAUCAAGACUUGGUAUACUUGAAGAAAACUACACUAUUUUGGUGUCAUUGGUUUUAAA